AGCUCCUUAAUAUGCUACAAAACACCACGUCCAGUCAUCGUUGCCGGCGUAUUUAAUACAAACAAAAACAUUCGCUUCAGUCCUCUCUCUCUUUCUCUCUCGCUGUAUUUAUCUGUACACAGACUUCUUUUCCUUAUCAACCGAUCCUAUUGAUUCUUUUUCUUUUUUGAGCUGGUGAAAUAAUGGCUGGAAGCCAGGACGCGAAGAAGGAAGUGGUGGUGUUCGAUGCGGAAGCAGCGAGGGACUUAGUCAAAGAGCUUACCGGCAAUUUCGCUUCUGGUAAGACUCGGAGCUAUGAGUGGAGGGUCGCUCAGUUGAAAAAUAUGCUCAAGUUGUGCGAUGAAAACGAGAAAGAGAUCGUCGAAGCUCUUAGACUGGAUCUUUCCAAGCCUGAACUCGAGUCAACUAUCUAUGAGAUAGCUUUGCUCAAGAACUCAUGCAAACUGGCACUUAAGGAACUGAAACAUUGGAUUAAGCCCGAAAAGGUGAGGACCUCAUUGACUACUUUUCCUUCAUCAGCUGAAAUAGUAUCAGAACCAUUGGGUGUUGUAUUGAUAAUUUCAGCAUGGAAUUACCCUUUUUUGUUGUCUCUUGAUCCAGUCAUUGGAGCUAUCGCAGCUGGCAAUGCAGUGGUCUUAAAACCCUCAGAAGUCUCUCCAGCCUCAUCUUCAUUGCUUCUAAAACUAGCCACAAAAUAUUUGGAUAGCUCUUCCAUAAGGGUUAUUGAAGGGGCCGUAGCUGAAACAACUGCCCUGCUGGAGCAAAAGUGGGACAAAAUAUUAUACACAGGGAAUGGAAGAGUGGGACGUUUUGUGAUGGCUGCUGCUGCCAAGCACCUGACUCCUGUUCAUUUGGAGCUUGGAGGAAAAUGUCCAGUCAUAGUUGAUGAAGGCAUCAAUUUACAAGUAACAACUAGGCGAAUAAUUGCAGGCAAGUGGGGUUGUAAUAAUGGACAAGCUUGUAUUUCUCCUGAUUACAUGAUUACAACGAAAGAUUAUGCUACGAAGCUGGUGGAGUCAUUUAAAAAAGAACUAGAGAGGUUUUAUGGAAAGAACCCAUUGGAAUCAAAAGACUUGUCCAGAAUUGUGAAUUUCAACCAUUUUUCUCGUUUGACUAAGCUACUGGAUGAGGAUAAGGUUUCUGGUAAGAUUGUCCAUGGAGGUGAAAGAGACGAAGUAAACCUGAAAAUUGCUCCCACUCUCUUGUUGGACGUCCCACAGAACUCUCUGAUAAUGAAGGAGGAAAUAUUUGGUCCUUUGCUUCCUAUUGUCAUGGUUGACAAAAUUGAAGAGAGUUUUGAUUUGAUAAACUCCGGAACAAAGCCACUUGCAGCUUAUUUAUUCACCAAUAACAAAAAACUCAAGCAACAGUUUGUGAUUUCUGUCUCUGCCGGGGGUGUAGUUGUCAAUGACACUGCUGUCCAUCUUGCAGUUCCUACUCUACCAUUUGGUGGUGUUGGGGAGAGUGGAACGGGUGCAUACCAUGGCAAAUUUUCUUUUGAUACUUUUAGCCAUAAGAAGGCAGUCUUAUAUCGAGGUUUUGCUGGCGAUGCACCUGUUAGGUAUCCGCCAUAUUCUAGUGGAAAGAUCAGGUUGCUGAAGGUUUUACUUGGUGGCGGUAUUUGGGAUAUAAUCCGUGCUCUAUUUGGCUGGGGUAAGGCUUAAGAAGGGUCGUCCAUAAUAUAAGUUUAAGAAAUGGGAGCACCUGUUGGUAUGCCAAAAAUCUCAGGAUGAUCCAUUCACCAUGAGAAAGACAAAAGAAAAGGAGAGAGAAAGAGACUUACAAAGAAUUACUAUUACCACAAGAAUUCGUGGCUACCCAAACAUGAAGCCUUUUUAUUAGCAGAAUUCGGAAGAUGGAAAGGUUAAUCUUACACAUUACCCUUUACGUUAUUAUUAUUAUUAUUGUUAUUAUUGUUAUUAUUAUUAUUAUUAUUAUUUUGUCUAUUAAGACUUAAGUAGUAGAAGGUUAUGGGAUUAUGGUUUGAACUGUGUUCUACAUUUCCUUCUACUUUUAGCAAGUUUGUUAUAAAUUUUC